AUGACUCUAACAUUUGCUAAGUAUACUUUCUGCGAGUUUCACAAUCUGAGUACAACAGAACUUGGGACUUUGUCUAUUUCUAUAAAUUUGGAGAUAAUAAUGAUGGUAGUAUCUACUGUAUAUUCAUUUGUGAUAACUAUUGUUAGUAUAAUCAUUCCAUCAAUACUAGCUGUUGAUGCAAUGUCCAGAUCUGAUCGUCAUUCUAUAAGAGUUUGGCUUAUUUUCUUCUUGACUGUAACAAUUUAUAAUGGUCUUAUAUUAAAUACAAUUGAACCUUUUAUUAAUGCAGUAUUUCCAGUCUUUAUAUUAGUAAAGAUUACUUCACUUAUAGCCUUCUUAAUUCCAUAUUUUGGACUUCAAGAUACUUAUUUAAAUUUCAUUGAUAAUAUAGUUUCAUUUAAAAUUAUGGAAACAAGAAGCAGGAUACUUAAUAUCUUUAAACCUUACAAAACAAAGUUAAGUGAAUUUGGCUAUGAUUUCUUGCAAGUAGAAUCAGAGAAGACAGAAGCACUAGAAAUAUCAAAGAUAAUAUCAGACGAGACAACAUCAAUUCCAGAUACACCUACAGAUGUGAGUGUACCUUCAUUCCCCUGA